UUUCCAUACAGAAUCUGAACUCCAUCGCCGUAGAGUACCGCCGCCAUCGCCCAGGUUUGCCCUCGUACCAAGAACCCUAAAUGCCUACACGGGAUUAGGGGUUUAGUUCUCCUCCUCCUGUGCAAUCUGCAAAGUUGAGAAAUCAACAGUACAAAGGGGACUGGAAACAGGGGGAGGGGGGAGGAUGCCGCCGGCGCGGCGACCCCGCGUUUCGUCGCGGCUACCGUCCACUUCUUCCGCUGCGGCGGCGGAUGGGCGUGGCGGCAAAGGAUGGCUUUCCACCCUCCGCCGUGACCCCGCCAAACGUCCGCGCCGUGCGGACGACGAGGGCACGCCGCUCAACGACGAGGUCCUCCUCGUCAUCUUCGCCGGCGUGCACAACCUCGCUGAUCUCGUCCGCUGCGCCGCCACCUGCCGGCGCUGGCGUCGCCUGGUGUCCACCGAAGCCGCCUUCCUCUGCCGCACUCCUCGGCUCGUGCCCGCCAGGUUCAUCGGCCCCCUCGCGCUCGGCUUCUUCCACCACCGGGUCGACGCAGCGCCGGGCUUCGUCGCCAUGGCCUCCGCGUUGCGCCGCUUCCCCGGGCUCCUCCAGGACCCGCCGCCGUCUCUGGGCGCGCUCGACGACAACGGCCUGUUCGACGGUUCUUCCCGCAUCGUGGCAGCCAGGAACGGUCUCCUCGUCGUUGACAUCCGGCACGGGAAGCAGAACAGGGCACUCAAGCUUUGCGUCUGCAACCCCAUGACAGGCGAAGUGCACGUUCUGCCACCCCUGGCAGGCAAGGAUGGCCUCGGGCACUACUCGUGCACGGUCCUCACAGCCGAGGACCGUGAUGACAAGACCACAGACCCACCGCCGCCACCGUCUUACUUCCGCCUGGUCAUGGUGUACACUCGACGUGGCUUCACUGCAUUCCGGAGCUACUCAUCGGACGAAGGCAGCUGGAGUGAGGAGGCAAAGGUGACCGGCUCUAGGCUCGGCAAGAAACAGAUGGGCUUGACACACAGUGGAGUCGUGAGCCGUGAUGGCAAGCUAGUGUACUGGAUGGCCAAGAACGUGGUACUUGUUCUUAGCCUCAACAAGCUGCAGUCCAUGCUGGGAAGCAUGCCUCGGUCUGGAAACGGACAGAUCUUUGACAUGAAAAACACCUUGCUGGGUUUGUCACCAAAGGGUCGGCUCUGUGCUGUCCAGUUUGACCCACUUCCAGUUCCAGCACGAAUGAAGGCUGAUCGCAUCUCCAUACGCAUAACCAACUGCACCACCGACCGUCGGUGGUUUGAUGAGAUCGAAUCGAUCCAGGUAGGACAAUCCUUGCCUGAUGAUGUGAUCAGUUUGAAGCUGAAGUGGUUCUGUUGGAAGAGUGGGAUCGUGUUCUUCACUGCCGUCGCUGGGGACAGUGGGCACCAGAGAAGGGAGGUGUAUGCUCUGAGCCUCAACACACGGGUGGUUGAGAAGCUAGCAUGCCACGACGGUGUCAGUGAUCCGUGGGAGGGCCUUCAUGGGUAUGAGAUUGAUCAGGUGGCAUACCUGGCAUCCCUUGCUGAGCCUGAUAGCCUGGAGGAUAUGUGAUGGGUCUCUUUUAUAUGGGUAUAAAGCUCAUGCUUUUGCUACCUGGUGCUUGAAGAACUUCGGAGGUUACUUCUACUAUGUUGCUGGUCAAAAAACUCCAGGCCCGGUUUAUGUGUAAUAUACCUGUCAGGUUGUUCUGUACAAAGUGUUUAGCAUCUGUUAGUUUAGUUAGUAAAACAUGUGGUUGGAUGCUGUUGGAGCUGCUACCAAGAGUCGUGUUUCUCGCAGUGUGAGAUUGCUGGUCCCUUUUGAUUAUCUGAACUAUGCUUGUAAGCUGGUAACCCAUGGAAAAACUUAAUGCUUUCAAGUGUUAUAUAUUAUGUUUAAAUA